AGGUAUAAUUUUAAAAACUACCAGUUCAUCUUAGCCCUGGUAUUUGCCAUAGAGGAGAUCAACAGGAAUCCCCAUCUUUUGCCAAACAUAUCUCUGGGAUUUGAUUUUUAUAAUGUCCCUUAUGGUGAGAAAGACGUUCUUGGAAAUGCCCUGAUUUGGUUCACAGGCAUGCAUUAUCCAUACACUAACUAUAACUGUGUAAAGGAGAGGAAGUCAGCUGCAGCACUAACAGGACCAUCAUGGACAAAAUCUGCUCAUAUUGCAACACUUCUUCAACUCUACAAAUUCCCACAGCUUACCAUUGGUCCAUUUGAUCCUAUCUUGAGUGAUCGAACUCAGUUUAAUUCUCUUUAUCAGAUGGCCCACAAAGGCUCAUCCCUGUCUCUUGCCAUGGUCUCUUUAAUGGAUCAUUUUGACUGGAACUGGGUUGGUCUGCUUCUUCCAGAUGACCACAGAGGGACUGAGUUUCUGUCAGAUUUCAGAAAAAAUGUGGAGAAAACUGCAGUCUGUAUAGCUUUUGUCGAAAUGAUCUCAAGCACAUGGACUUCAUUUUCCUACAGAUUCUGGGGAAAUUUAGGGAAGAUCCAGGAAUCAUUGGCCAAUGUCAUCAUCAUUUUUGGGGACAGUGAUUCACUACAAGGUUUGAUGUUGAACCUAGGAAAACAAGUUUUGACAUGGAAAGUGUGGGUUAUGAGUUCUCAAUGGGAUGUUACCGACCAUGAUGAUUAUUUCUUGCUAGAUUCAUUCCAUGGAAGUCUCAUCUUUUCACUUCAACAUGAGGAGAUUGUGGAGUUUCCAAAUUUUAUCAAAACAGUUAAUCCUUUUAAUUACCCAGAAGACAAUUACCUUCCUAAGUUAUGGUUUUUGUUCUUCGAAUGUUCAUUUUCAGAGCUUAAUUGUCAACUUUUGGAGAGAUGUCAACCAAAUGCUUCCUUGGAAUUCCUGCCUAGACACAUUUUUGAUAUGUCAAUGAGUGAAGAGAGUUAUAAUACAUACAAGGCUGUAUAUAUUGUUGCCCACAGUCUCCAUGAGAUGAGUCUUCAACAAGUGCAAAUGCAACCAUUUAAAAAUGGGAAUGAAAUGAUGUUCUUUCCCUGGCAGAUUCACUCUUUCUUGAGGAAUAAUCUUGUCAGAAGCAACAUGACUUUAGAUUGGAAACAGGAGUUAGAUGAUAAGUAUGACAUUCUAAACUUUUGGAAUUUUCCAAAGGGUCUUGGACUAAAAGUGAAAGUGGGAACAUAUUUACCCAUUGCUCUCCAGGGUCAACAGUUAUCUUUAGCAGAACAGUUGAUACAAUGGCCAAAAAUAUAUUCAAAGAUUCCCCGAUCCGUAUGUAGCAAUAACUGUGCACCUGGAUUCAGGAAAGUUUCCAUUGAAGGCAAGGCUGUUUGCUGUUAUGAUUGCAUUCUUUGUCCUGACAAUGAGAUUACUAAUGAGACAGAUAUGGAUCACUGCAGGAAGUGUCCAGAAAGUCAUUAUGCAAACCCAGAGAGGACAAUCUGCCUCGAGAAAGUUGUAAGUUUUCUUGACUAUAACGAGCCCCUGGGGAUGUCUCUCACAACUGUAGCUCUUUGCUUCUCUGUACUUUCAGCUACAGUUCUUGGACUAUUUGUAAAGAACAGAGACACUCCAAUUGUCAAGGCUAAUAAUAGAAGCCUCAGUUAUACCUUGCUCAUCACACUCAUCAUCUGUUUCCUCUGUACCUUUCUCUUCAUUGGCUGUCUUACUACUACCUGCUGUAUAUUGCAGCAGAUCUCUUUUGGAGGUGCUUUCACUGUGGCUCUUGCAACUGUGUUGGCCAAAGCUAUCACAGUGGUUAUUGCCUUCAAGGUCACUUUUCCAAACAGAAUGAUGAGGUGGUUAAUGAUAUCAAAGGCCCCAAACUUUAUCAUUCCCAUAUGUACUAUGAACUAUCUUGUCCUCUGUGCAAUCUGGCUAGGAACCUCUCCCCCCUUCCUUGACCAAGAUGAUCAUUCUGAACACGAACUUACCAUCAUUAUGUGCAACAAGGGCUCAGCUUUUGCCUUCCAUGGUGUCCUGGGAUACCUCUGCUCCUUGGCACUUGGGAGCUAUACUAUGGCUUUCUUGUCCCGGAAUCUCCCAGACACAUUCAAUGAAGCCAAGUUCCUGUCAUUCAGCAUGCUGGUGUUCUUCUGUGUCUGGAUCACAUUUCUCCCUGUCUACCACAGCACCAAGGGGAAGGUCAUGGUGGCUAUGGAAGUAUUCUCUAUCUUGGCUUCUAGUGCAGCACUCCUUGGCUUCAUUUUUGCUCCAAAAUGCUACAUUAUCUUGAGAAGGCCACAUAUGAACACUCUUUGUCAUAUCAGGAAUAGGCAAUGUUCCAGAAUGAAUAACCUUCUCAAAACCUAG